AUGCCAGUUUGCGUACACAAAGGCUGCGAAAAAACUUAUAACGAAGAAGAGAAUCACGACACGGCUUGUCUUCAUCAUUCUUCUCCACCCAUCUUUCAUGAAGGGUUAAAGGGAUGGCAAUGUUGUUCGACUCGUGUUGACUCAUUCGAUGAUUUCUUGGCUAUUCCAGGCUGCACACGUGGUCGUCAUAGUGAUCAAAAGCCUGAAGCAGUGACUACUACAUCACAAAAAGACAAAUCCAAAGAGUCAGUUGCAAACAUUCCAGUUGCAACACGAAUUGAAGACGGAGUUGAAAUUUACGAUAACGGUUCUUCAGUUUCAUCCGUUGGAAAAGAAUUCGAAUCAAUGACAGUUUCAUCAUCUGCUGCCACCACGGCCGCUGAUCAAACAAAGAAAAAAGCUGAGAUAAUCCCAGAAGAAGAUGAUCCCUCGAUACCUGUAUCGCCUGGAACAAAAUGCAAGCGUGGUGGCUGUAACAAAACAUUUGUUGACGAGUCAACGAGUCGCGCUGAAGGAGGUGCCGAAGCUGAAUGCGUGUAUCAUCCGGGUAGUCCGGUGUUUCAUGAAGGGAGUAAAGGAUGGAGCUGCUGUUCUCGUAAAGUUUUAGAAUUCGACGAGUUUCUGAAAAUACGUGGUUGCAAAACCGGCAAACACUUAUUUGUCGGUUCGAAAAAGGAAGAUACACAAGCUGAAGAAGUUGUUCAAUGCCGUCAUGAUUGGUAUCAAACGACUACUUCUAUAAUCAUGUCAAUAUAUGCUAAAAAGGUUGACAAAGAACAAUCUUCGAUCUCAUUCAGACCAGAAGAGGUGGAAGUGAAUCUGAAAAUGCUAGACGGUAAACGAUUUAAUGAAGUUAUACCGCUCGAGUAUGUUAUUGAUCCUAAAGACUCAAGCUUUGAAGUUUUGUCAACAAAAGUCGAACUCAAGAUGAAGAAGGCAGGCAGCAAAUCAAAAGUAGCUCCUCGACCUUAA